ACAUGUGCUCUAGAUUUAUACACAGUGCCUAUAGUCAACGUUGUGGCAACGGCGUCAAAAUGGUACCACACUACCUCCUGAUAUUGACAUUGGCUGUAGCUGUAAGCGCCCGGACAGCAACGACAAACCAAAAAAAUGUUGACGACGGCAGAAGUUCAGAUGACACAGUUCUCGGAGACCUCAAAAUCGCAUAUGAAACUUAUAAGGAUUGUAGUGGCGAUGACAUGACUCAUUGCUUGAAAAGGAAAUUAGCGAAAACACUUACGAGAAUAGCUAAAAAUAAUGAUGAGCUAUCAUUACUAAGUGGGGUCACAAUAGUUAAAGAUAAAGAUGUCAAAGAAGAGAAGGUGGUAAAUGAAGCUGUGCCAAGGAGUUUAGAUGAGAGCUCAUUGGACAACCUCAUUAUGGAUAAGAUAAUUGGAUACAUGAGGACUCAUACUGUUCAGGUCAAAUUCCCAGGGUCAGACCUCCAAAGCGAAACGGAGGAAGGCCGUGGAAGAAGGAAGAAGCUCGCCCCACUUCUGGUCAUCCCGAUUCUGAUCGCUGGUAUGCUGGUGCCUUUGGCCUUUGGUGCAUUGGCGCUGCUCGCUGGCAAGGCUCUUAUCGUGUCCAAACUGGCGUUGGUGCUCGCUGGUAUCAUUGGGCUGAAGAAACUGCUGUCAAACAGCGGCGGUGGAGAAUCACACGAGGUCGUGGUGUCGACUGGGGCUCAUGGCGGUUCAGGGUGGAGCAGGUCGCUCGAGAAGGCGCAGGAUAUGGCGUACAAAGCGUACACCCAAUAAUCAACAUAAGCCCACCGAAUUAUUGCGAAUAAGGAACAUCAGUGUUUCAUUCAAUUAUUUAAUAUAGGUACUGUACGUAUAAAUUUGUUGUCAAUAUACGAUACAAAAUGUACCAUGUGAAUGAGAUUCCAGUAACCACAAGCGAAUUUAAAAUUUGAAAAUUGAGUAUGACAGAUUCCAGGUUUGAAAUUUGUAUUCCAAAUUUUAAUUGAAAAAAAAAAUAUGCUUGAUGGUCAGUAUUAUAAUUUGAUUGGAUGGUUGACAUUUUAAUUUCAGAACGGGAUUAAACUCCCCAUAGAUUGCGACAUAAUGGCUUGAUUUUUGGACUAAGAUUAUGCAAUUGAUGAUAUAAAGUUAGAUAUUUACCUAUUUCCUAGGAUUUUGGAAGUACCUCAAUGCUCUCACUAAAGAAAUGGAAACUUAAAUUAUUUAAAUUAUCACUAAUUUAUUGACGAGACCAACAGUAUAAUAAUGUAUGUAAUAUUUAUGUACAAUUUAUAAGACUUUGGAGUUUUGCUUUAAUAUAUAAAUUUGAUAUAGAUAUUUAAAUUAUAUUUAUAUUAUCUACUAUGUAUACUUAUGUAUAAUAUUUAUUUUAUGUAUCUAUCACAUUGGUAUAUAUGUAUAAUGUGUAUAAAUGAGCUUAUAUUAAAAAAACAUAUUUUAUCUAUAACCAAGAACACAAAGAUGCUAAUUUAAUUAAUCAAUCAUAUUAUUCAAUUUAAUAUAUAUUAAUGAAAUAAUAAGUACUUAAUACAUAAUCGUAUUAUGCCAACAUAUUAUAUAUUUAAUACAUUUAAGUAUAUUUAUUUAUAUUAUGCAGAUUAUACAAGUAUUUAUAUAUGUGUGUGCAUAGUAUGUUGUAUAUAUUUUUAUUUAAGAUAUUUAUGUACAUAAUGUAAAUAAAUAUGGCAUUUAUUAUAUAUACCUAAAGUAUCACGAGUAUUAAAAUAACCAAAUAUUAUUAUUAAUUCAUUAUAUAAUGUUUAUUUUGAAGACUAAGUAACUAAAGCUGAUCUCAUAUUUAUUGUCUCUUCUUAAAUUUAAUAUAACGCGGUGCUCAUAAAAUACGAUGUAAAUAUAAUCCAUAGCAUUUUAUUUACUUUACUUAGGUAUUUAUGUAUGUCCUUAAUUUAUUUUUAUAUCAUACGAGUCAAUAAAAUAACUUAUAACCGAAUGUAAUUAAACUGUUGGUUACUGAA